AUUUAGGCACAAAGAUGAAUAAUUACCACAUUUAUGAAGAGAUUGGUCAUGGAAAGUACUCCAUUGUGUAUAAGGGUAAGAAAAAGAAGAGCAUCCAAUAUGUUGCAGUGAAAUCUGUUGAAAAGAACAGAAGAAAGAAGGUUAUCAAUGAGCAUAGGAUACUUAAAACUCUUAACCACCCCAACAUCCUCAAAUUCUACAACUACUAUGAGACCAGAAAUCAUCUGUGGCUAAUAUUUGACUUUUGACCUGGAGGAGACAUCUACAAAAUGCUCAACGAAGAUAAAAUGUUCCCAGAAGAAAUAACCAAACAUUUUGGAGUUGAAAUAAUGAAGGGCAUGUACUACUUACAUUCCAAUGGAAUUAUAUAUGGCGACCUCAAACCGUCCACCAUUCUCUUUAACGAGUAUAAUGAGCUAAAAUUAGCAGAUUUUGGCAGAGCGAAAUAAAAUAACUGAUUAUAUAAACCCAGGCCAAGAGACAUAUGCAAAAGCCAAAACAGGAUCCCCCUAUUAUAUGGCCCCAGAGCUGUUCCAAGAUGAGGGAGUCUAUAGUUUUUGAUCAGACAUUUGGUCAUUCGGAUGACUUCUCUUUGAAUUCCUCACUGGAAAGCCGCCAUUUAAUUCAAAUAAACUGAACAAUCUGAUCAAACUCAUUACGGAGGAGCCAACUCCUAUUCAUUUGCUCAGAUGUUCACCAGAAUUAAAAGAAAUGAUCGGAUUGAUGCUUGAAAAAGACCCAGCUGAUAGAAUAACCUGGGAAGAACUAAUCCAAAACCCAUAUUGGCAAGAAGAGGAGUUGAACGCCCUUGAUGUUGACCGUCUCCCAGAAGAGCCUCAGUUUGAAGCAUAUCUCAAAAGAAUGGGAACCACCCGGAGAGUAGCUCCUUCAAAGAUAAAACAAUUAAUGCUAGAAAAAGAGAGUGAUCUCUUCUUACAAGAAAAAGCGAACAACUUAGCCAGACAUUUAGGCCCUGGAUUGAAUCAUAACAACGUUGAUCUCCUUCGUCUGUCUUAUAACGUUAAAAGAAACAUGGAAAACAAUUCUCAUGAAGAAAUAGAGGUUCAGGGUGAUGACCUUCAGAUUAACAAUCAAAAUAUUGAGCUUGACUUUGCUGAAGAGAAUGAUGAAGAUGAAUCAAUGCCUGCUGAUGAAUAUAUAGAUCCAUCUCCUUGAGAGCAACGCCCUCAAGAACCUCAAACUAGUCGUUUAUUCACCAAGGAUGAAUACUUGUCAAAACUUCAGAUUCCAGGAUCUUUUAGUAAUACUAAUAUCAAAGAGAAAAGAUUAUUUGAAAAGGCUGACUCCAAUCGAGUUGAAACUGAUGAAUUUUGAGAUGACAUUGACCAGAAGUAUAAGAAUAUGAUGAAAGUCGAGAAAAGAGACUUUAAAAAUAUAUCAAAUAUAGGUCAAAUAACAAAUAAGAAAAUGCUUCUUCAAAAUCCGGAGAAAAUUAAACAAGAAUAUUCUAAAGCAGAGGUAGAAAACAUUGAUUCAAAAUCUUAUCCAAAAUUCGGUAUGAUUAAAGGGAGAUCUCAUCAACCAAAAAUGAAAGAAGAUGCUUUAUCUAAUAAUUAUGUUCAAAUUUCAGAAAAGAAGUAUAAGCCUUUUACUAGUGGGGCUUCAAACGAAUCCUCUCUCAACAAAUUUAAAUAUCCAAAAGAUUCAUCAUUAACUGCCAAAGAGAUAACCAAAGAUGCAAUUCAAUUUCAUCCUGGAUCAAGCAAUAUUAUUGCCUCUCCAUCUGAUCAGAAAAAUAGAAUCCUCACAAAAAGGUCAUCCAGCUAUAAGACAAGCUCUAGUCCAAAGAAAAUGUGACCUAAAUCAGUAGAAGAACUAUUAAUCCAUCACUCAGAUAUGGCUGUAAAGCCCAUCAUUGGAAACAAAGACAUUGAAAGGACCCAAGAACCAGUUUAUAAGCCAGAUUAUCUGACUUUCAUACCUUGGAAGCCAGAGGAGUUUGAGAAGAAUAUUGACAACAGAGAUAUUCAGAAAUACAUGUCAGAGAUCUACAAUGCCAUUAUGUCUAACACUAAUCUCACAGAGAGAGUGCAUGCAUUGUCUUACUUCGAAAGCUUGAUCAUUAGUAGCAAUGUCGCUAAUACUUUAAUCAAUUCAGCAUUCCUGGGGCUGUUCGCUCACAUUCUGAACAAAUCUACUAAAUCCCAUAUGAUCAAGAUUAGGACCUGUUCAAUCAUUGGACUCUUGAUACGACAUGCAACAGUUAUCGAAAACAAAGUUGCAGAAAGUGGCAUCUGCAAUAUUCUUUGAAGGACCCUCCAAGAUUCGAAAGAGAAUGUUCGAAGAAAAGCAAUCGCUGCUCUUGGAGAAUACUUAUUCUAUGCAGCUACACAAUUAGAUGGCGAUCAGGCAUCCAAGGUAUGGACUAUUUCUGAUCAAACAAUUAAAACCCUACUUGACUGAAUGGGAGAUUAUCAAGAUGAAAUAGUCAAAUUUUAUGCUUGUAAAACCAUUGAAAACAUCACCGCCCAGAGCAACUUUGCUGGAAUCGGCUUAGCUACCUCAGGCAUCUGAAAAUCCCUUAUUAAAGCAUUUUUAAGUCAAGGAAAGGAAAGUUUUGUUAUAACCUCUGCAGUAGCCCUCUCUCAUGUAGUGAAACUAAGCCCAAAACUAUUUCAAAUAGUUCUUGAUUACAUCCCUCUCGAAGACAUCUGAACCAUUCUGAUUGACAAUCACUCUAAAGUACAGCAAGCAUUUUUAACAAUGCUUAACAUAGCUCUACUUCAUAAAAACGAGGCUUUGCUUAUUAGUGUCAUCGAGUCAGCAGAUUCUCUUUGAACAGUUAUUGUUAGUCUACUUGAAAGCCAGAGUCUAGUGAUCAGAGGCAAAUCGCUCCUCUCAGUAGUCCUACUUCUCAAGAACUUCCCCUUGCAAUGGUUCACCUUAUUCAUGAACGACAAAAAGUUUAUAACCCUUCUGACCAGAUUGAUCAAGGAUAGCUACAAAUAUGUUCAAUAUGGAUUAAUGCAUUUCAUUGAUCAAAUGAAUGUCACCAUUCCGAUAAUUCUAAACGCUAUUGAAGAAGACCUUACCUACGCUAUAAACAUGGGAGAUACCACUGAACUUGAUGUUGAUCCCAUAGUGGAAACUGUCAUGCAGAGAAGAAAUGAUUUCAAAAAUGUCAGAGGCCACAUGACUCUGAUUUCUCUACUGCUAAACGUAGCAACUAACCAACUAAUGAAAGCAAGAAUAAUAUCAGAGGAAUUUUUAGAGUCAAUUGCAAGACUACUAAAUUCUUGAGAGCCAAACUUAUUUGUGGGAGCAGAUGAAAUGACCAAUGCUAUAUUAACAAUCAUGGAAACAAUUUCAGGAAACCAAAAGACUUUAGCGAAUAACAGUAUCUCGAUCGUUCAGCAUAUACUGCCAGCUCUAAUGGAAAAGCUUAAAUCUAAAUGAAACGAAGUAAAGUUUAUAGCUCUAAAAGUUUUUAAUGAGAUAAUACUUCAAUAUCUCUACGACGAAAACAUAUAUGAUGUUUCAAAGCUUGAAUUGUCUAUCAAAGAAGACGACUAUAUUUCGGAAUCUGAAAAACUGGUGCAAUACACAACAGAAAUGAUUAACGAAAUAUUGGUAGGCAGUUUCUUACCAAAUUUCAAAUAUUUACUUAAUGAAGAAGACCCUGUGCCCAUAUUUGCGAUAAAAUUCCUCUCAGUGUUGAUGGAAAAAUGUCCACAUUUUAUAACUACUAUUAAAAAACUAGAGAUAACAUCCAAACUAACAGAAUACUGCACUUAUGGACACAGGAGAAUGAACCCUCAUAUGAUGGAAAUUGUCAAAAAGAUCCUAGAAAUUGAAGCAAAGACUGACCUUGCAUUUAGAAGAGCAUUCUAG